CUUAUCUCAAGUCUGAACUAAAACUUCCAUUUUUUUCUUCACUUAACAUUUUGGAAUUAAAGAAAAUAGAAAAAGGAGAAAGAAAACGUUUUUGUCCUGCUUCUUCUGCUUGCGUUUUCUCAAAGGUUUGAAGAGGACGAGAACCAGCUUUGCUUUCCUCACAAGACUAUUCUAAGCGAUUUCCUUUUUGGGUUUUUUAUACAAAUCGAUUUCAGUCUUCGGAUCAAUGGCGUCUGGAUCGUCGGGUCGGGUCAACUCGGGAUCUAAGGGUUUCGAUUUUGGGUCCGAUGAUAUCCUCUGCUCUUACGAUGACUACACCAACCAGGACUCGGCUAAUGGUACUAACUCCGAUCCUGCGAUCGGUGCUACCAACGCAAAUAAGGAAUUCCACAAGACCAGGAUGGCAAGGUCUUCGGUUUUCCCUACAAGCUCCUACAGCCCACCUGAGGACUCUCUGAGCCAAGACCUUACUGCCACUGUCGAAAGAACCAUGAAGAAGUACGCAGAUAACAUGAUGCGCUUUCUUGAAGGCAUCAGCUCACGCUUGUCCCAGCUAGAACUGUACUGCUACAACCUUGAUAAGACAAUUGGAGAAAUGAGAUCGGAUUUGACUCGUGAACACGAGGAGGCUGAUGUGAAGCUUAGAUCCAUGGACAAACAUCUUCAAGAGGUGCAUAGGUCAGUCCAGAUUCUCAGAGACAAACAAGAGCUAGCUGAUACUCAGAAAGAGCUAGCGAGGCUUCAACUUGGCAAGAAAGAUUCAUCUUCCUCGUCUCAUUCUCAACAUGGUGAGGAGCGGGUCGCAACUCCUGUUCCAGAGCCUAAGAAGAGUGAGAACACCUCAGAUGCACACAACCAGCAGCUUGCACUUGCUUUGCCUCACCAAAUGGCACCACAUCCUCCAGCGCAGCCACAGCCGCAGCCGCAGCCGCAGCAACAUGUCAUACAACCACAGCAGCAGUAUUACAUGCCUCCAACUACACAGCUUCAAAACACACCAGCACCAGCGGCCGCUCCUGCUCCACCAUCACAACCUCAAGCACCACCAGCGCAGGGUCAGUUCAUGCCCCCACCUCCUGCUCCAUCUCACCCAAGCUCUGCCCAAACUCAGUCAUUCCCUCAGUACCAACAAAACUGGCCUCCCCAGCCACAGGCCAGACCACAGUCUAGUGGAGCCUACCCAACAUACUCACCUGCACCACCAAGCAGCCAAUCCCCAGUAGAACCGUUGCCUAGCAGCAUGCAGAUGCAACAACCAUACGCUGGAUCUCCUCAACAGUCAAUUCAAGCUUACGGAUACGGUGCACCACCACACGCUCCGCAGCAGACAAAGAUGUCUUAUAGCCCGCAGACAGGCGACGGGUAUCUACCCUCAGGGCCUCCUCCAUCCGGGUAUGCCAGUGCCAUGUAUGAAGGUGGGCGGAUGCAAUACCCACCAGCUCAGCCGCAGCAGCAGCAGCAGCAGGGGCAUUACAUGCAAGGUCCACAAGGUGGUGGGUACGCUCCCCAGCAGCACCAGGCAGGAGGCGGUAACAGUGGGACACCACCAGUCUUGAGAUCAAAAUACGGUGAACUGAUAGAGAAGCUAGUGAGCAUGGGUUUCAGAGGAGACCAUGUAAUGGCUGUGAUUCAGCGGAUGGAAGAGAGUGGUCAACCCAUCGACUUUAACGCACUCCUUGACAGAUUGAGUGUGCCUUCCUCAGGAGGGCCUCCCAGAGGAUGGUGAAGCCAUGUCACAUAGCUCCUCUCAAUUUGUAUGCUUUAACAAUAAAAAACUCUGCUUUCUGCUUGCGUGUCAGUCUAUAGGCCCUAGUUUUAUUGGGCCCAAUAGAUUGGGUCUUAUGUGUAUUGUUGUGGGACUCAAUUUAUGUUUACUUUAAAAGGCUAUUAUAUUUGUGUUUUCUCUUU